AUGCCAUCUGCAUGGGUUAAUGUUUGUUGUUUCUCUGCUGUGUGUCUCAGGACGGUGCGGGCCAGAUCAGGCCCAGUGUAUAAGGGCGUGUGCAGGACCUUCUACAGGUGCCAGGGUCAUGGCUUUAUAAAGCCCUCCAACGGUGGAGAGAACAUCUUUGUACACAUCUCUGAUAUCGAUGGAGAAUACGUUCCGAUGGAAGGCGACGAGGUCACGUACAAAGUCUGUUCCAUCCCCCCCAAGAACCAGAAGAUGCAGGCGGUGGAGGUGGUCAUCACCCACCUGGCCCCAGGAACCAAGCAUGAGACCUGGUCUGGACAGAUCAUCAGCUCCUAGACCUCCACCUGCACCUGGAGAGAGGCGGUGUGGGGAAGAGUGGAGGGUGGGGUUGGGGAGGGAAGGUGGGAAGGAGCCUGAAUAGGUAAAGGGGAGGGAAGAGGGAGAAGUGGAGUCCAGGGUAGGGAGAGAAGGUGGGGAAGGAAGGAGCCUAGAGAGGUAAACGGGCAAGGGGAGCAGAGGAAGGAGUGAAUAAGUAAAGGGGUUGGAAUGUGGUAUAAGGCUUAAGAUGGCUUUAUGUAGGUUUCAGUUGGAAUGAGGAAAGUAAAUUAUUUAAUUUUAAGAAAAAAUAUCAAGGUUAACUUUGAUUUAAGAUUAAAGGUUGAUGGUUUAUUUAAGAUGAUUUAAAAUAGCAGGAGUCGAGUAAGUUUAAUAAAUCACUGUUAUAGGGAAAACGUGAAACAGAGCAUCAAACCUUCCUAAAUUAUAUUGUUUUUAUUCAUACUUUUGAUUGAUUGAUUGACUUAUUUAUUUUCCAUUUGUUAUGACAGGUGAGGUAGAUGUUGUAGAUCAGAUUGUUUAUAAAUGUGUGUUUUUGUGCCAAUAUAUACCUGGUCUAACCCAUUACACAAUUCACUCUGAUGAUACUGCCCUGGUAACGCCUACUCCUUCAGUCUAAUGUUGACCAAUGACCAUUUAUUCAUCUUUGUAACAGAGUUACUGAUGAUUACUAUAUGAGGUUCAAACCCCUUUUUUUAUCAUUAAAACCAAUGCUAUCCAGAUUAACA